UCCGCUCCGGGGCACCGUAGUGGAUUUUACCCUGGCCGAGAGGGCCCGGCUGGGCUAGACUGGGCUCGGCGGCUGGAGCCCGGCUCAGCUUAGGAGACCCUGAUGGCUGCGGUGUUUCUAGUAACGCUCUACGAGUACUCGCCGCUUUUCUACAUCGCGGUGGUCUUUACCUGCUUCAUCGUGACCACCGGCCUGGUGUUGGGAUGGUUUGGUUGGGAUGUUCCAGUAAUUCUGAGAAAUUCGGAAGAGACCCAGUUCAACACAAGAGUUUUCAAAAAGCAAAUGAGACAAGUCAAGAAUCCUUUUGGCUUAGAUAUCACCAAUCCAUCUUCAGCUUCAAUUACAACUGGCAUAACUUUGACAACAGAUUGCCUUGAAGAUAGCCUCCUUACUUGCUACUGGGGGUGCAGUGUUCAAAAAUUAUAUGAAGCUCUGCAAAAGCACUUUUAUUGCUUCCGAAUAAGCACUCCUCAAGCAUUAGAAGAUGCUCUGUAUAGUGAAUAUCUCUAUCAAGAGCAGUAUUUUAUUAAAAAGGACAGCAAAGAAGAAUUAUAUUGCCAAUUACCAAAAGAUACUAAAAUUGAAGACUUUGGUACAGUGCCCAGAUCUCGCUAUCCAUUGGUAGCGCUGUUGACCCUAGCUGAUGAAGAUAACCGAGAAAUUUAUGAUAUUAUUUCUAUGGUGUCAGUAAUUCAUAUUCCUGAUAAGACUUAUAAACUCUCCUGUAGAAUAUUAUAUCAAUAUUUACUCCUGGCUCAAGGUCAAUUUCAUGAUCUUAAGCAACUUUUCAUGUCGGCAAAUAAUAAUUCCACUCCCUCCAGCAGUUCCUCUCCAGAGGAAAAAAACACAGACCAAAGUUUGCUGGAAAAGGCUGGGCUAUCUGAAAGUGAAGUGGAGCCUCCAGAAGAGAAUAGCAAGGACUGCGUGGUUUGCCAGAAUGGGACUGUGAACUGGGUGCUCUUGCCAUGUAGACACACGUGCUUGUGUGAUGGCUGUGUUAAGUAUUUUCAGCAGUGCCCAAUGUGCAGGCAAUUUGUUCGGGAAUCUUUUGCACUUUGCAGUCAAAAAGAGCAAGGUAAAGACAAACUGAAAAGUCUCUGAGGAUGUUUUUACAACUGAGAAGUACACUUCCCACUGAAGAUGCAGUGUUCUUGUGUUCUUGGAAUUAAUCAUAACAUGGAAUCUACAGUGUUAACCAUCAGUGAAAAUUCUAUUUUAACUUCAUAUUUGUACGGUACAUGGAUGGUGAAAAUUAAUUAUUCCUUGCUGUUCAGUAUGGCAAAU